UGUUCACUGGAUGGUAACAAACUUGUCAAAAAAUUAUUUUCUAUUGGUAAAAUGGUAUUGCUUUGACAGUCUUCAUCGUAAAUAAUAUGUAAACAAUACAAUGCUGUUACAAUGAGUGUUUUGGAUGAUGUUAAAUAUAAAUGCAGUGUCAGUUCUGUGUUGAACCGAGACAACAAGCAACAUGGAAAAUCAUUUCUGUUUGAUGGAUGUGAGGACACUGCAUGGAGCUCUGACCAGGGUGCCCUACAGUGGAUUCUCAUUACAUUCGACGAGGUGACAAAAAUCAAGUCGUUCAAUUUUCAAUUUCAAGGUGGAUUUGCCGGAAAAAAUUGUUCCGUUUCGUUGGAAGAUGGCGGUGGUAAAGUGGUUCACGAGCAACCAUUCUAUCCGGAUGAUAUUAAUGCCAAGCAAACAUUUGAUUUAAGUUCUACGGCGGAAAGUGUUAGAAAAGUUAAGUUUUCGUUUGAAGGAAGCACGGACUUCUUUGGAAGAAUAAUUGUUUACAACUUGGAAUUACAUUGAUACUGGUAAUCACAA